AUCCUCCCUGUGAGGAGCUUCUCUCUCUCUGGUCAUGACGGAAGAUUCUUCCUCCGGAGGAAACGCUGAAUCCUCCUCUUCCUCCUCCUCUUCCUCCUCUUCCUCCUGUCAGGGAUCGGCUGCUAACCGCUGUCCUCCGCAGCGGUAGAUGUCCUCGGUCAUGGCCCAGCGGGACGCCGGCAGCCCCAGCCCGGUGGUGCGGCAGAUAGACAAGCAGUUCCUGGUGUGCAGCAUCUGCCUGGAUCACUACCGCAACCCCAAGGUGCUGCCCUGCCUGCACACCUUCUGCCAAAGCUGCCUCCAGAACUACAUCCCCCCGGAGUCCCUGACUCUCUCCUGCCCCGUCUGCCGGCAGACGUCCAUCCUGCCGGAGAGGGGAGUAGCGGCGCUGCAGAACAACUUCUUCAUCACCAACCUCAUGGAGGUCCUGCAGCGAGAGCCCGAUCGCUCACGGCCCGAGACCUGCAGCGUCCUGGAGUCGGUUAGCGCCGCGGCGGCAGGGAAACCGCUCUGCUGCCCCAACCACGACGGCAAGGUGAUGGAGUUUUACUGCGAGUCGUGCGAGACGGCCAUGUGUCUGGACUGCACGGAGGCCGAGCAUCGCGAGCACGACACCGUCCCGCUGAGAGACGUGGUGGAGAAACACAAGGGGGCGCUGAAGACGCAGCUGGACGACAUCACCGGCAGGCUCCCCCAGCUGACGGCAGCCAUCGAUCUGGUGUCUGAGAUCUCCCGCCAGCUGAACGACAGGAAGAACGAGGCGAUAAACGAGAUCAGCGUUAGUUUCCAGGAGCUGGAGCGGCUGCUGCAGCAACGCAAGACGGAGCUGAUAACGGACCUGGAGAACAUCUGCAGCAACAAGCAGAAGGUCCUGCAGGCCCAGCUGGACGUCCUGCUUCAGGGGAAGGAGCAGAUCCAGAGCAGCUGCAGCUUCACGGAGCAGGCGCUGAGCCACGGCAGCGCCACCGAGGUUCUGCUGGUCCAGAAACAGAUGAGUGAGCGAGUGACGGCUCUGGCCCGACACGACUUCCCGGAGAAACCGCACCAGAACGCUCACCUGGAGUGUCAGGUAGAAACCGACGGCCUCCGUCGCUCCAUCCAGAACCUGGGCGUCCUCCUCACCACGGCGGCCGUGGCUCACACCUCCGUGGCGACGGGGGAAGGACUCCGUCACGCCGCCACCGGGCAGAACCAAACCAUCACCGUCACCACCAAGGACAAGGACGGGGACUUGGUGCGGACGGGAAACGCCGCCCUGACGGCCGAGAUCGUGUCGGCGGACGGCGGCCGGGCGGCGGAGACGGAGGUGACGGACAACAAGAACGGCACGUACGAGGUUAGCUUCACGCUGCGCUGCGAGGGCGAGUUCUCCCUGGACCUAGCGCUGUACGGCCAGCCGCUCCGCGGCAGCCCCUUCCGCCUGCGCGCCGUCAAGCCCUGCGACGUCCCACCAUCGCCCGACGACGUGAAGCGGCGGGUCAAGUCCCCCGGCGGGACGGGCGGCCACGUCCGCCAGAAGGCGCUGCGCCGGCCCGCUAGCAUGUACAGCACCGUCAAGAAGAAGGAGAACCCCAUCGAGGACGAGCUCAUCUACCGGGUUGGUUCCCGCGGCAGAGAGAAGGGCGAGUUCACCAACCUGCAGGGAAUCUGCACCUCCAGCAACGGGAGGGUGGUGGUGGCCGACAGCAACAACCAGUGUAUACAGGUGUUCUCCAACGAGGGCCAGUUCCGGAUGCGGUUCGGGGUCCGGGGCCGGUCCCCCGGGCAGCUGCAGAGACCGACCGGCGUCACGGUGGACGUGAACGGAGACAUCGUGGUGGCCGACUACGACAACCGCUGGGUCAGCAUCUUCUCCCCCGACGGCAAGUUCAAGAACAAGAUCGGGGCGGGCCGCCUCAUGGGGCCCAAGGGCGUGGCCGUGGACAGGAACGGACACAUCAUCGCCGUGGACAACAAGGCCUGCUGCGUCUUCAUCUUCCAGUCCAACGGGAAGCUGGUGACCAAGUUCGGAGGACGAGGGACGACGGAGAGACAGUUCGCAGAGAAACUCGGCCCAAACUUAAAUAAACCGUCCUCGGUGUUCUGUCCGCACUUCGUUGCAGUCAACAAUAAGAACGAGAUUAUUGUGACGGAUUUCCACAAUCACUCCGUGAAGGUUUACAGCGCCGACGGCGAGUUCCUGUUCAAGUUCGGCUCCCACGGCGAAGGCAACGGCCAGUUCAACGCCCCGACGGGCGUCGCCGUGGACGCCAACGGCAACAUCAUCGUGGCCGACUGGGGCAACAGCCGGAUACAGGUGUUCGACAGCGCCGGCUCCUUCCUGUCCUACAUCAACACGUCGGCCGACCCGCUCUACGGCCCGCAGGGCGUCGCCCUCACGUCCGACGGACACGUGGCCGUGGCCGACUCCGGAAACCACUGUUUCAAAGUUUACCGAUACCUGCAGUAGAACAACAACGACGACUCUGGAAACCACUGCUUCAAAGUUUACCGAUACCUGCAGUAGCACGACGACUCCGGAAACCACUGCUUCAAAGUUAACGAUACCUGCAGUAGCACGACGACUCCGAAAACCACUGCUUCAAAGUUUACCGAUACCUGCAGUAGAACAACAACGACGACUCUGGAAACCACUGCUUCAAAGUUUACCGAUACCUGCAGUAGAACAACGACGACGACUCCAGAAACCACUGCUUCAAAGUUUACCGAUACCUGCAGUAGCACGACGACUCUGGAAACCACUGCUUCAAAGUUUACCGAUACCUGCAGUAGAACAACAACGACGACUCUGGAAACCACUGCUUCAAAGUUUACCGAUACCUGCAGUAGAACAACGACGACGACUCCAGAAACCACUGCUUCAAAGUUUACCGAUACCUGCAGUAGAACAACGACUCUGGAAACCACUGCUUCAAAGUUUACCGAUACCUGCAGUAGAACAACGACGACUCUGGAAACAUCUGCUUCAAAGUUUACCGAUACCUGCAGUAGCACGACGACUCUGGAAACCACUGCUUCAAAGUUAACGAUACCUGCACUAGAACAACGACGACGACUCUAGAAACCACUGCUUCAAAGUUUACCGAUACCUGCAGUAGAACAACGACUCUGGAAUCCCGGCCUGACCGUGUAAAUAAACCUGUUAAUAAACCCCACAUCACUGG